UAUAUAUAUGUAUGUUUUAGACACAGUAUAACAAAGAUUAGAAACAUUCUGUUUCUUAAAAAGCCAUGUUCAAUUUCAUGGCUAAAAGGGAAAGAAAACAUUGUUUUGUUUCAUUUGUAGCAAUUGUUUUGUUAUUACAUGGCGUAAAUAGUGCUGCUUCUGCAACACACUUGGAAGAAGAAGAAGCUGACCGGAUUACAGGUCUCCCCGGGCAGCCUAAAGUUAACUUUCAGCAGUUCUCCGGCUACGUUACGGUCAGCCAAGUUCCGGGCAGAGCCCUCUUUUAUUGGCUCACUGAGUCUGUUCAACAACCCUUAUCCAAACCCCUCGUGGUUUGGCUCAACGGAGGUCCGGGAUGUUCAUCGGUGGCGUAUGGUGCAUCGGAAGAAAUCGGACCGUUCAAAAUUAGCAAAACAUCUUCGGGUUUAUAUUUGAACAAAUUUUCGUGGAACAUUUUAGCAAACUUGCUAUUUUUAGAAACUCCGGCGGGUGUCGGUUUCUCUUACAGCAACCGCUCUUCCGACCUCUUCGACACCGGAGAUCGUCGUACCGCCAAGGAUUCGCUGGAAUUUCUGGUUCGAUGGUUGGAUCGAUUCCCUCGUUAUCGAAACCGGGAAGUUUACUUGACCGGAGAGAGUUAUGCCGGACACUAUGUACCACAGUUGGCCAGAGAAAUUGUUAAUUACAACAAAAACACUAAGAACAAAAUUAACCUAAAGGGGUUUAUGGUGGGAAAUGCAGUGACGGACAACUACUACGACAACCUAGGCACGGUGGACUACUGGUGGAGCCACGCGAUGAUCUCCGACAAGACCUACCACCAGCUGAUGAGCACGUGCGAUUUCCAGAGACAAAAGGAGUCGAACGAGUGCGAGUCCAUCUACUACUACGCCAUGGACCAGGAAUUCGGAAGCAUCGACCAGUACAACAUCUACUCCCCGCCUUGCAACCGCUCCGACGGCAGCCGCCUCGGCCCCACGCGCCACCACAUGCGCCUCCCCCACCGACCACACUCUGUUUUUAGAGAGAAGCUAUCCGGGUACGAUCCUUGUACGGAGAAAUACGCAGAAAUUUACUAUAAUAGGGCAGAUGUGCAGAAAGCUCUCCAUGCAAACACCACCGGCCGGAUUCCGUACAAAUGGACUGCUUGCAGUGAAACGUUGAACCGCAAUUGGAAUGACACAGAUAGCUCAAUUCUUCCUAUAUACCGUGAGCUAAUUGCUGCUGGAUUAAGAAUCUGGGUUUUUAGUGGUGACGUAGACUCAGUUGUGCCAGUCACCGCGACUAGAUAUUCUUUGAACCAACUCAAGUUAGAUACCACAAUUCCAUGGUAUCCUUGGUAUGUCAAAAAACAGGUGGGAGGGUGGACUGAGGUGUACAAAGGGCUGACGUUUGCAACGGUGAGAGGAGCAGGCCACGAAGUGCCUAUGUUCAAACCCAGAGCUGCGUUUCAACUAUUUAGAUCUUUUUUGCAGGGGAAGCCCCUCCCUAAGUCUUGAAUUGUAAUUUGGCCCCAUUACUUUUUAAUGUACUAGUGGGAACUUUAUGGUAAUUGUAAACCGAAACUGAAGAUGUUCUUUGGCAUAAAUUGCCAACUUAAUUGGUCUGGUGAGUGAUUGGGAAUGAAAAUAUUAUUUUUCAA